CAUAGACCCUGGCGCGGAGCUGUAGAAUGACUCCACGCGGGCACACCCUGAGCUCUCCUGGAACCCCGCCAUUGACUUGCCAUUGAGUUUGGAGAGAGUGACGUGCCUUAGGGAGAGCAAAGACCUCCUUACAUCCAUCUCUUGGGUUGGCGCAUCCCUACAACUUGGGAGUCUAGAGACGGAUAUCUGGGUAUACCCUCACCCCGAACACAGCUGCUUCAAGCCCAAUUAUAUCAGCAAUGGCCACAACGGCCCCCAUCGCCGCCGUUGCCACGGCUGGCAGCGAGGAGCUCCCUAAGAUCGACAUCAAGCCGCUGCUGUCGCGCAUGUGGCCGACACCCAAGGACAGGGACAACCCCGUGACGGCCCAGGAGAUCGCCGACGCCAUCGCCCACUUCUUCACAAACCAGGUCUCCGACACCCAGGCCGCCUCCCUCCUCAUGUGCCUGCACUUCACCGGGCUCGAUCGCCACGCCGACGUCAUGGCCAAGACGGCCGCUGUCAUGCGCGCCGCCGCGCCCAGGAUCGACCUGGAGCAGCUGAGAGCCGUCAUUGCGCGCAAGGGGCUGGCCCAGGGUGCGUACAAGGGCGGCAUGUGCGACAUCGUGGGCACCGGCGGCGACGCGCACAACACGUUCAACAUCAGCACCACGUCCAGCAUCAUCGCCUCGUCCCUGCUCCUGAUCGCCAAGCACGGCAACCGCGCCAGCACCUCCAAGUCGGGCUCGGCCGACCUGCUGGCCAACAUGCAGCCGGCCCCGCCAGCCAUCUCGGCCGUGGCGCCGUCCACGGUCGCGCGCGUCUACGAGGCCACCAACUACGCCUUCCUCUUCGCCCCCGUCUUCCACCCGGGCAUGCGCUACGUCGCCCCGAUACGCAAGCAGCUCCCCUGGCGCACCCUCUUCAACCUCGUCGGGCCCCUGGCGAACCCCAUAGAUGCCGGGCCCGCCGACUCCCCGAGGCCCUUCAUCGAGGCCCGCGUGCUCGGCGUCGCCCGCCGCGAGCUGGGCCCCGUCUUCGCCGAGUCCCUCCGCAUGGCCGGCGCCGACCGGGCCCUCAUCGUCUGCGGCGCCGAGGAGCUCGACGAGGUCAGCUGCGCCGGCCCCACCCACGUCUGGCGCCUGCGCCGGGACCCCGGGCCCGCCGCCGACGUGGCCACCGACUACUUCACCGUCAGCCCCGAGGACUUUGGCCUGCCCGCCCACCCGCUGAGCGCCGUGGCCGGCAACAAGGAGCCGGCCGAGAACGCCGCCAUCCUCGAGCGUAUCCUACAGGGCGAGCUCGCCGACGACGACCCCAUCCUGUGCUUCGUGCUCAUGAACACGGCCGCCCUCUUCGUCGCCAGCGGCAUCUGCGAGGCCGACAAGAGCAGCAUGGGCCCCGGCGACGACGGCUACGUCGUCACCGAGCGCGGCCCCGGCGGCGAGCGCUGGAAGGAGGGCGUCAGGAGGGCGCGCUGGGCCGUCAAGAGUGGCGAGGCCUGGAAGCAGUGGAAGGCAUUUGUUGAAGUCACAAACAGUUUAUGAAGGGUUGGAAAACAGAAAUGAUUUUGUCUCGACUUUUUAUCUGUCUUGCCUAAAAGGUUCGGGUGGGUCGGGAGGUAUUCUGAUGACAUCGGGGCUUGCUUGUACAGGCCGGUAUAAAAGGGUGUAAUCUAGGGCCGGGUUGGGUUUUCACUUUUCUCUUUUUGCUCUACAUGCGCCUACACCAAUAUGCACCAGUCAUAUAGAGGCCCGUGGCAGACAGCAAAUGAUUUACAAUGGGAAAAUUCCGUAUCAACUCGAGGUAUUCUGCCUGUACACCAGGUAUCCCUUUUAACGCCAGAACAAACUUUCGUUGCACAAAGUGACAAAAACAUGAGCGGCAAAAGAGAACAACAAGACAAGGAAAUCAUUGCCU